AAAAAGUUGCUAGCUUAGUUGGCUCAACUACUAGCUAGCAUCGGUUUGCUAACGUUAGCCGGCUAGCGCUAGCGUUAGCAAACAGACAGCUGGACGAAACUAAGGAAGAAGUCCGCAGAAGUGAGGCGUUUAUUUCCACUGGGACGUCAGCAUGGACGUGGACAUCUAGACACGUUGGAUUGUUGCCCUAAAGGUGAAUGUGAGAGAUGAGGAGCAGCAGGAGGACUGAGGCGUCUCUGAAAAGCUCUGCAAAGCAGCUUACAGAUCACAAUAUUGGCACAGAGCUUACAACUGCAUGGAAAAGUUUGUCUCAGUCCAAAGCUGCUUUGCGGCAUAUAGAAAACCGUCUAGAGGCAGCUCCAGGGACAGGGGUUCUCCUGGACUCUGUCAUGGAUCCACCCAAGAAGAAAUCCUCCAGGACGGUUCGCUGCAAGGAUGGUCAACAAGCUGAUGACCAUGGAGGAACUACAAAGCGCAGGGGGCGAAGUCAGCAGAGUCCAGAAAAAAGCAGCUCACGCAGCCCACUGAGAAAUGCCACCCAGGACAGCAAUGUACGCAGGAACAACAGCGUGGAGUUCAGGGAACCGCUAGCCUCCUACAGAGCGGCCACCCCUCCGCCACAUCCCUCCUCUCAGCUUGAGACCUACAGCCUGCAGUCAGUGCCAGGGUCUUCGCACCCAUCCUCUCCGCCCCCCUCAGAUCCACUGCUUAGCCAGCAGGUCUACCAGAGAGACACCAGGGACAAACAGACGGACAGGGACCUUGACAGCACACACUCCUCGGCUCUGGAGAGCACAGAGGUCCGUUACCUAAAUGACCAGCCAGCCCUUGACUCCCUGAGGACUAUUGGAAAGAAGUCGCAUCUCACAGGUGUAAGAGUCUCUGCAUGGGAGGAGGCGCAGGAGGAAAGCACUGCAAAAGCACAACUCGGUAUGGAUAGCCAAGAGUCAAGCCCAUGUCUAGCUUCAGCCCCUGGCUCCGCACAGCGAAGGGAGAGCACUCCCUCCACCAGCCCUGGCUCAGCUUCCCAGCGGCUGGAGAACCUAAGGCGACAUCAACCUGAUGAUAAGCUGGAGAAGCUUAAAGAGCGUAUUCGAAGGCAGAGGCAACAUCUGGAGGAGGCUGCAGAGAGAGAGAAGCUGCUGGGUUAUCUUGAACAGCCCGUUAUGGCAGCUGUGGGGAGUAGCAAUGCUGGUACUAGCAACAUGCCCACUGCAAAAAUACGGAAAAUAGCAGCUGCACCGCCUGCACCUAUAUACAAAGGUUUCAACAGUACUGAGACAAAGAUCCGGACUCCCGAUGGGAGAGUUUGGAAGGAGGAGGAGUUCCAUAACCUCAGUAGAGAAAUAUACAGAGACCUGUCACGACAGUUUGCUGAGAGCACCAGAUCCAGAAACCAGCAGCAGAGGGAACAGAGGGCAGACAGGUCCAAAGAGAGGAGGCCUCCCAAACCAAUCCGGAAGGUUCACAGAGCUGCUCCUUCCUCUGACCUUAAUGCAAAACCAGUGAUAAGCCCUGCAUCAUGGCGGGAGGGCCAAAAGCUGGUAAAGAUGGUACUGGGUCCAGCUCCCAGGCUGCCGAGGGAGGAGGACAGAUCCCAGCCAGCUGACAGACUGAGCAGAACAGCUUCCCGUCACCGCUCAGGUUCAGACCCACGCUCAGAAUCAAACCCACGGCCUCGCCCUAACAGCACAGAAAGGCCUCAACGUGGAUUUCAAUUCAAAAGCCACUCCACAACGCCAUCUACACCCUCAUCUGCAGAUCGGGAGAAGGCUCCAGUGGGUGCAAGCACAGACCUGUUAUCAGCGGACAUCCAGGGGAUACUUGAUGACCUUCAGCUGGAAUGCAAAGCAGCUGAGAGGGAGGAGAGGUCCCGGCAAAGGUCCCGGGGACGGAGCAGCGGUACGAGAGGGAGAGGGGGAUCAGGGUCACGAACAAGGGCUCCAGUCUCUGUUUGGGGAACCGCGGUGGCAGCAGGUAGCUCCUCAAGAGGCUGCCACAGCGCCAGCCCCACUGCACACCAAUCAGAGACUGCUGACACGGGGCAGAAAAAACGACACUAUGAUGCAGACACGGUUCGCCAAUACAUUUCAAGGCAACAGGAAGAGAGAAAGCGGUGUCGAGCAGAAGAGAAGAGGGCACUGAGAGAAGAGGCAGAGAGUAGAAACCAGAGACUGCAGGACCUCUACAGGAAGCAAAGAGAAGCAGCUAAAACCGCGGCCCCUCCUAGCGACGCGGCUGUGGCCCCGGUACAAAAGCGACUACAGGAGACAUACACCAAGCUGCUUCUGGAGGAGGCCCAGCUGGACCAGGAGGCCACACAGACACAACCUGCUGCUCCUUCUAGUCAAAUGAGACCGAUGUACCAGCCCUCAGGAGAGUCGGACAAAGAGAACAAAAGACUAGAGGCCCCACAGAGUCCGUCGAGCAGUGACAGGUCUUAUAAUGACCAGCCACCUCCUCCAUUAUCCAGGAAUGAUCUGGAUAUUGGAGUUGCCUCUUGGCAUCAGCCUGACCGUCUGAGCCCAGCUGUCCAACCUACCAAUGGUCCCAGCAGCAGUCGGCUAGCCCCUUUCGGUGAUCAUCUCCUCUCUCACCUUCUCAGGCUGGAGACUGCGGUGGCAGCUAGUGACCUGAAGCACACCCAGCAGCCAGCAACACCACCUUCCAACAAGUCGCGGACCAAGAUGUCCCGCAUUGAGGCCCUCAAGGCCACAGCCGCUUCCCUCUCCAACCGUAUAGAGAGUGAGGCUCGGAAGCUUGCUGGGGAGGGGAUCAACUACGGUAUUGAAACUUCAAUGGACUUGGAUACUAUUAGACCCUCUCAGGCUAACCUUGAUGAUGGACACUGGGCAGAAACAGCCACCCCAGAAAAUGAUGACGUAGCGAUGCGGAUCCAGAGGAUUUUGACCAGCACAGGUCAUAGUUCAUACAAUGGCACAGCUCUUCCAGGAACAGGCAAUCUGCACGCCUUCAGGGGACAGAAAGAAAACAAAGGCACACACACCAAUUUGACUUAUCCACAAACAGCUGAUGUAACAGGGCCAACUCUCAACAGUUACACACAUGAAAGGAGGAGGCUAGUCAACGGCCUGGACAAGGUAGAGAGAGUGGAUCAAAGGAUAGGGUCUGGAUUGAUAGAUGACAAGGAUAAGAAUCGGACCGAUCUCCAUGACUCAAGUGCUGGUUCCAUCAGUGAGGGUCCUCUUCUGAGUGAAGGGAGUUUUUCUGAGGAUGAUGCGAGCCCUCCUCUCCGCUCCAACAAUCGUGUUCCUAAAUCGGCAGAUUGCCUGAAGGCAGUGGACUACUGCGCGGGUCAAAGAAGGGAUUACCAGCGUUUGUCAGAGUUCCAGAGAGAGGCAGCGAAGUGCCCGGCCCUCAGCUCACCCUUUGCACAGCAUGACGGCAGCAAAGCAGCCUGGGAGGAGCUGAACAAAGGAAGCCCUCUAAGUGUGAUCAACAUUUUCACGAGGAAUCUUCAUGGCCACGUUACAGUGAGUGACAGGAACUCUCCCUCUGCUCAUUCUUUACACUCUGGAAAUGGUCCGGUAGACGCAGCCGUCUAUGAAGAUGAUUUUGUGUCAUCGCAUAGCAGCGGAGCCAGUGGCCAGUUAAAGAGGGGCUCCAAUUCUCGCAGUGUGAACAGCCAUUUUGAGGAGCUGAUGAGGAGGUCUCCUUAUGACAAAAGUCCAGGAGGCAUCAAUUCCCACCAUUCAUCCUUUCACUCAUCUGUUCACUCACCACAUCCGUCCUCUGGUUCACCAUCUGGCUCCUCACCCUUCUCCAAGCACUCUGCCAGAAGAAGAGGAACAGCAUCAGACCAGAGUGAUGCCACUCUGGUAGAAGAACAGAGGAGUUCCUGCUCACCUCCAUCAGAUGCUUUAUCCUCUGACUCCAGGAAGAGGGGCUCAGACAAAAGCUCUGCCCACAGCCAGAGCAGGAGUGUUCACUCUAAUGACACUAUAGGGGAAACUGCAGGGCUUUCUCAACAAAGUUUGGGUCUUGACAGUAAGAAGUCUACAGCAGCCAGGCCCAAACAGGGUUCUCCAUCUGGCUCUCCAUACCCGGGUUCUCCUCCAGAAGCGGACUCUCCCAGUGAGCCUGUGAGAAGUGCCUCUCUGGGGGCAAUUAAUCCAAACACAGGCACCACAGCUCGCAGUGGUAGAGCAGAGCCCAGGACCACAGGUGAACUACAGUAUUCGCCUGCUGUCUUGCAGCAGCGUAUGGCCGCAGAGCUCCACUACCUGGAGUCCAUUGAGGAGUCAGUCCGACAGCUGGGAGACGUGGAGCGGGUGAUGGGUGUGUCCAUGGCUCAGCAGGAAAGCGUGUCAUUGGCCCAGAUGCUCAAGGCCAGGCAGCAGUGUCACGCGCGUGACCUCUAUGAGCUGAAGAUCAAGGCUGAGAGGGAAGCCCUGGAGACACAGCUACAGCUGGAGGAAAACAGGCAGAGAGUGGCCAGGGCUCAUAUAGAACUGCAGGAAAACUUGGCGGCAAAUCAAAAAGAGACCUUGGAGGGCCUCCAGGAGGCAACUACCAAGAUGAUGACUCAACAGGCUGAGGCAGCGCGGUACACAGCUGACACUGCCCGACACAUCAAAGAGAUGGCAGAGUUGGCGCGGUCGCAGAUAACAGGAGCUUUGGUUGCCCCCCCGGAUGUUUCUGAUUCCUCCAUGGAGCAGGAAGAACAGCCGAGCUCCUAUUCAAAGCAGCGAAAGGACAAAAAUGAAUCCGACAGCUUCCCUAGUGAUGUGUCAAACAGAAAGACCAGGCCAGAAGAACCUUUGUCUUCGCUGAACAGCCUCAGUCACUCUGAUUCUUUGUCCUUCAGAAGACCAAACCUCAGUCGAGCCGACUCUAGCAGUCAACACAGCCCGUCGCAUGACUCGCCAGAGAAUAGAGAACGGACGAAAAAGGAAGCAGCAGAGGUGAAAUGGAGGAAGGGAGGAGCCGAAGAGAAGGAAGCAGGCAGCAGCUCAAUAGACGAGGAAGUUCUAACGGCAGCAAAUGACUCCCUCUGCAGUGACAGCAUCCCUUCUGCAUUGGAUGAGAAAGGAGACAGUACGUCAGUGGCAACAGAGUACUCGCUCAAGUUUGAUGAGUCCAUGACAGAGGAUGAGAUAGAGGAGCGCUCUUUCCGCUGUCUGCUGCCGUCUGAGGCGCACCGCCGUGGGACAAUGGAGAAGAAGUCCCGCCCCCAUGAGGAAUCAGAGGAUGAUGGAGCCAAUCACAACACAACAUUAGUUUCAGGGGCACACAAUAUCUUAAAGUCUCAGGAUGCAAACAUGGCCUUUUCUGGCGGACAGGACAGCUUUUCCCAGUUCACCAUGGACAUGGUGCGUCAGUACAUGAAGGACGAGGAGGUAAGACUGCAGCACCAGAGCUCUCUGCUGCAUCUUCGCCAGAAAGCUGUCAAAGAAAAGACCAGAACUGAGCUGGCCUGGCUGGAGCAUCAGAAAAAGAGGCUGAGGGACAAGGGCGAGGACGACAAAAUGCCUCCCAUCAGGAAGAAACAGAGGGGCCUUCUGAUGAAACUACAGCAGGAACAGGCUGAGAUUAAGCGUCUUCAGGAGGCCAACAAAGCAGCCAGGAAGGAGCGGCAGCUGUUGCUGAAGCAGCAGGAGGAGAUUGAGCGGAUGAGAAACUCUACAUUCAGACUGAAAGAGCGUCUCAAAUAUGCUGGGGGUGAAACGCCACCUGAGACUCCUGUGUCAGAAACCCCUGUGUCUGAGGCAGCCUCCCCCAACAUGAGACAUUCUGAUGAUAUCCGCAGCCCCUCUCCCCCGCUCUCCAUCUCUGGAAGUGAGACCAGCAGCAUCAUGCAGAAGCUCAAGAAGAUGCGCUCUCACAUGGAUGAAAAACACUGUUCUCCUGUCCACUACUUCCUUUCUGUGUUCACGGCCCACCACUGGGCCUCCCUCAGUGUCUGUCUUCCCAACCUCCACCCUAAAUUCCAGCUCUUUAUCUACAACCAGUUGGUCAGGUUCCUGACAAAGCGGGAGCAGCAGCUGAUGCAGAGGCGUCACCAUGCUGAGGAGCUGCUGCAGUGGAAACAGCGUCUCGACCAGGAGGAGGCAGAGGUCCGUAGGAUGGAAAAGGAGGCCCUGGCUGUAUGGGACAGUCAAACAUCUCGGGACAUGGCAGAGAGCCAGGAAAAGGAGAUCUCCCACAUUAGCUCUAGUGACCAUCACAGCUCAGAGCACAGAACUGACAGUGAGAAAGAGUUUGUGAGUGAAGGCGACUGUUCCUCAGUGACACCUGAGUCCAGUAUCCACACAGAGGGACUUGUGUCCCAGCAACCAGGAAGCCCAUCUUCACUACAACCGGUAUCGAUCCCUGAAACACCUUUGGCCUCCGUGAGGAGCAGCAAUGCAAAUUACACCCAUGACUUCACUUCAGCUUCCCGGUCACCGAGCAGACAAUCUCCACUCAAAGGCAGCCACAGCCCGGCUGCCUCUCCUUCAGAAGGAAGCAGCAAAACCAAGAUGCAGCUUUGCUCCUCGUCCCGGACCACCAACCACGCCCGCGCUCAGCCAACUCAAUCCCCCAUGCACAUGCAGGCUGAACCCAUAUCAGACCAGAGUGACAUAGAGAGCCGUAUCAAGGCCCUGAAGGAAGAACUCAGAAAACGAAAGUUUAUGGCCUACCAGCUAAAGAAAGAGCAGAAGAAGAGGAACAAGGAGCGCCUGAAGGCACAGGAGGCCAGCCUACUGAAGCAGCUGGAGAGCUAUAACAACUUCAUUGAGAAAACUAAGGCAGAACUGAACAAGGAGCCAGACUCAACACCUGACACAAAGUCCCAGAUCAAGGAUUCCACCUCAAUCGUGGAGCAGACCAGCAUUAAAGCACCUGCUCACAGCUCUGAAACCAGCCAAGUCUCCCAAAGGACGCAAAGUGAUGCUUUAUUGGAUCUCAAUGCCCUUCCUCAAGUCGAUCGUAGUAGAUCCACCUCAGUGCCUGAAGAAAUGUCUGAUGAAGACCCACCAACAGUCACUCCAACCCCAGUGUACGGCAGCCCAGAGUGUCCGCCCUCCAGACCGAGGAGCCGCCUGUCCACAGAGGAACUUUUAAGACCUUCCUCUACGGACGCCCAGGCACAGAUGAUUGAGUCUGGGGAUGAAAACAUUGUGUCCUAUCACAGGGCUGAUGUUCAGGAGGAGCUGGAGGGGGAAGUAAGCUCCACAUUUGAGGAUCAACAUCGACAUUCUCCAUCUGUUAGCAUAGAACUUGAUAAUAAAGUAAGGACGAGGGAAACACCUGAAGCGGAAGAAGCUGUAAAAUCGAAUAUCAUCUCCUCCAACAAGUCACAUUCGACUGCAUCAAGUGACCAUUCCUGCUCUCCCAACUCUGUUGCCUUCUCUUCAAAGAAGGAGGCACCCAUGAAGGAAGUCGACGGCUCUUCUCCUAUAGUAGAUGGUUAUCAUGAUGACUUUGAGUCUUCAGUGGAUUCUUCACCCAGGGAGGUGCAUCAUAGUUCCAGGCCUGCCUCUCAAACCCCAGUUGCCCCUACAGAGAUCAAGGGCUCGAGAAAAGACUCCCCUAGCAGAGCCACACCACAUGACAGCCAUGAUGAGGAGGUAGAGGAGGAAAUCGCUGAAGAGCUGAGUCAACGUUCAGGGACUAGUGGAGCCAGCCAUCAAUCUGAGAGACUGCUGGAUCUUCAUAACCACACAGAGGACUCCAAAUAUGACGGCAAGGAUACUGUUUAUUCCAGACACUCGCCACCAAUUUCACCUGUUGCAGAUGAAAUGCCAAGUUUUAACAUCGCAGAUCGAGUUCUCGUUGGUGGUGUUCAACCUGGCACUCUGAGAUUCAAAGGUCCAACCAGCUUUGCAAAUGGCUUCUGGGCUGGAGUGGAGUUGGAUAAGUCUGAGGGGAGCAACAACGGCACCUAUGAUGGGGUGGUAUACUUCGAAUGUGAUGAGAGCCAUGGUAUCUUUGCUCCUCCGGACAAGAUUACGCACCUGCCAGACAAGUUUGAGGCCUACACAGACACCACGGAGGAUGAGGACUCGUUCUUUGAUGGUCUGUCGGAUAAAGGUGGGGAUAAACGUGAAACAGAUGGGCACAAAUCCCCAAAACAAGGAAAUCUGAAGAGUGAAAAUGAACAAACGUCUAACAAGAUCUAUGGGCCUGGAGAUAAAAAGAUAACAGAUGAGUCUGUUCACAAGAAUGGAUCCCACCUCAAUUCGCAGCAUCACAAAGAAUCCAAGCCUCCCAUCUCUAAUGGCAACACUAAGGACAUAAUGUUGGAUUUUGAAGAUGCACCAACCACCCUCCUCAUCUCUGACAUGGACAACAUUGGCCUGGGGAAAAAGAAUCAGACGGACUUUACUACCCUUGUUGAGAGAGAAGAGGUAGACUCAAAACAAAAGUUUGGUCAUGAGGAUCUUUCUACAGAUAUCAGGGAUGAUAAGAGAGAACAGGAGGACAGAGACUUACUGGACACAUUUGCAGACAAACUCCUCAACAACUUUAUGAAUGACACGUUGGCGCAGUUUGCUGAAAUUAAAAAGGCCAAAGAGCAGAAGAUAGAAGCUGCCAACCAGAUGAAAGGAGACCUGUUUGGUGAAAAUGUUGAAGAAGAAGAAUGGUUCCCUUCAGUGCAACAAAAAGACGAUCUCCCCUUCUUCCUACCUUCAGAAAAAGAAGAGCUGUCCUCUCCAGAGCUGUGUAAACGACCGGAGAGUCCAGUGUUGGGGGCCAGUGGUCAGGAGGAGCUCGCCAAGCGACUGGCAGAGCUGGAACUGAGCCGUGAACUGCUAGAGGAGCUGGGUGACGAUCAGGACUGGUUCGAUGAGGACUUUGGCCUCAGCUCUCGUAGAGAACAGCAGAGACUCAAACAGAGGGACGAAGAGGAGGAAAUGAGGCUGGGGGGGUCUGACCCAUCAGUCGGAGAACUGCAGGUUAAGACUCCACCUAGACCUGAGCUACCUCUCCCCAUGCCCCCCAAACUACCUGAGCAGCCUGCCAUGGUUGUGCCCCACUCAGCCACAGAGGUGGAGAAGAUGGUCCAUGCCGCCACUCGGGAGAUCUGGGAGAGCUGUGACCUGGGGAAGGAUGGAGCCAUGACCCUGUCACAGCUGCCAAGCCCCAAACCUUCACAAGAGUAUCUGGGUAAAGAGGCCCGCAGCCAGGACCCGGAGGCCCUCUGCGUCCGCAGCUACAGAAAGGCUGUGUAUGACCUGACGUGGGAGAUGCUUCAGGAGAUCUAUACCGAGGACCCCAACGCUGAUCAGCCUCAGUGGGUCAAACCACGUCGAGUUAAGUCCUCCUCCUUCCACAGAGUGAAGACACCAGGAGACCUCACCAAAAUCCAGGAAUUCAUCUCAGCAGAAGUACUGAAGCUGUAUGGUCUGACAAAAGACUUCAGCCAGAAGACUGACUGGCAGAAGAUGCUCAAAUUUGGCAAAAAGAAGCGAGACAGAGUCGAUCACAUUCUGGUUCAGGAACUCCACGAGGAGGAAGCCCAGUGGGUCAACUAUGACGAGGACGAGCUGUUUGUCAAAAUGCAGCUGGCAGACAGCAUCUUUGAUGCUUUGCUGAAGGACACUGCAAACGUGCUGACGCUUAUCUAUGACAAGAGGGCCAAAAGAGAAAACACCCUCUCGUGACAGAUUUACUGUUUAGAUUUUAAACUACAACCUCUAGCUCAACCCCAGUCUUUCCCCCACCCCUAUGAACUCCAGCCAACCUCCCGCUGCUCAGUCUUCCACCAACUGAUGUGCCAACAGCAACCCUCAGAUGCCUUCAGUCCCAGCAUUACCUCUCAGCUAAACUACUCCUACUUAUCCCUGUGACAUUCAUUUUGCUGAUUUUGCUUCAGUAAUGGUUAAAUGAUUUAUUCUACACACAAAACGCCUCCUGAGCAAUCCAGCCUUCUUGAACCUGAACACCACCUUGUCUCGGUUCUCACCUCCUGGACUGGUCCUUUUGUAAACGCCAGUUUGAGGAUGAGUAGAUGUUUCGAUGGGAUAGACUGCGCCAUUUGUUCGCACUUAAAGUCCAUUAAUGCUGCUAAAUUUAUCGUUCCAUAGGGGACUGUAAUAUAAAAUCAACCUUGAACACAAAUAAGGUUGCCAUAUUUUGCAUUGAACCUUAAAGUAAAUAUAUGUAUGGAUUCAAAAAUUGUAAUAGAGUAGCAGAUAAAGAAUAUACAGUGUAGUCCAUGAGGGACUUGACAGUGACACAUUAUCGCGUUGGCUUUGUAAUCCAGUUAGUUGAAAUUAAACAAUGACUAUGAGGUUAAACUUUUAGCUGUAAUUUGAGGGAUUUUACAUUCAUUUGAGGUGAUCAGACCUCUGCUUAAGGGCUUUGUAAGCCUGCGUUGAAUUAACAAAAAAAAAGAAAACUAUAUGAAGUCUUUGACCUAGAGACAAAAGCUGAGAGUCAACACUUUAACUUUAUAAUCAUUGUUGAAUUUCUAAUUCAGUGUACUGGAGGAGAGCUUAAGAAAUUGAAACUGUCACAGAUCAAAUAUUGUAAGACUUCGCCGUAUUGGGGUGUCGCUGAGAUCAGAUAUUGUAUGAAACAUUUUGCCUCCAUAAUUAUAUUAUUUAUUGCGUGAAAAUGUUUGAUUAGAGGAGUAAGGAGCAUUUUGAACUGUAAAUGAUCUUGUCAAAAUAUAAAAACAGAUUUUAACAUUUAAUUAAAUUGUAAAAAGCACAAAAAGAAAUGUGAACAGCAAUAUAUUAUGUAGGAGGUUUAAAGAAUGCUAUGGAAACCAGAAAAAGAACACGGGGAGAAAACUGUUUUAAUAUUUAAACGUUGUAGUUUUAAUGAGUCAUCGAAAGUGUUCUGUAUGACUUUCAUUGUGGCCACAACUGUCCGGUUGUCCCAAUUUUGUUCUACAUAUACACCGUGUACUUAUGUGAACAGUUUGAAAACGUCUCAUACAACCAGCAAGACAAUACUUGUCCAGUGAUUUGUGGUUAAUUCCUAUUUUUCUGUGCUCUAACUGAAGCAUUUGCACCUCAUUCAACAUUGUUUUGUGUGUUAGCAUUGGGGGAAAACACCUGUCCAUCAACGCUAUGUUAAAAAAAUUGGUAAUUUUAGCAUCAGUGCUGGUAUUUUAUACAUUUCAUUUGUUACUUUUUUUCUGUGCAAACACGCUACAUACACCAAACACUGAAUGAGUUUAUAGUUUGCACGUGGAACUCAAAAUAAAUUUUUAGAGUAACAUCACAGAACAAACCUGAAAUGCUGGAUUUAAGCCUUACUUUUCCUAAAAUCAAUGUACUUUCUUUGACCUGAGGAGAAAAACAAUGUGGUUGUACUGUUUAUUCAUCAGUUGACCGCGUAAAGGUUGCCAGCUGAACAUUUGCCCCAAAACAUUGGGUUGUGUAGAAGCAUGGUUAUAUGCUCCACUUGCUGCUGUCAAAGACUUGGCUUUACAGCAGUCAGCAAGUUCAAACCAGCCGUCAGAAUGUAGCCCGGCGAUGUCGUCAGUCUCUCUCAACAUUCAGUUUAAGUGCCUCUUGAGUUGUAGAUUUAUAACAAACUCUGUGGAUGUCUCAAAACCCUUUGGACCUAUUUCCUUUGAAUGUCUCCUUCAACCGCUUUAUACUAAACCUUUUUGUAAAUUAUCCUUAAAUGGCCACUCUUCCUUCUAACCGGUUUGCCGAUACUUCAGUUUCUGCCUUAUCAAUCUUUCUGUAUUGAAGCAUAGUUGAGAACGUUUUUUUAAAACCUUCUCAUUUUGUCUUUGCCUCAGCCUGAGGAAAUGUUUGUGUUAACAGAACCACUGACUCACUCUAAAUGUUACCUGCUUCUUGUCCACGUCGCCCCUCCAUCAGUGCAUAUAGACACAGUUGAGUCACUUUGUUGAUAAAGUGUAUCGGGAACUAGAUUGUAGACACUCCGCACAAUCGCACACAGUGUGAGUCAUAGAGCUGAUGAGACUGAGCACGUAGGACUGUAUCAAAGGGCUUUUUUUAACCCUCUCUGUCAGCUUUGCUUUGUUCAAACAAACUCAUUGUGACAGAGCUUCUAAAUCCUCACCGACUGUUUGAAGCUAAAGUGACCUUAAACUGAGUCUUUUUUUCAACCGUCAAUGUUUAAAGAGUUGCUAAGGUGUUUGCUCAAAGUGUAAAAUGAUACAAUGUAGAAAAAGACCAAAAACAUUGACACCAAUUCAUCCAUGCUGUAUGAAUUGUAUGUCUGGUCUGUAGGCAUAUGUAAUUGUUAUGGUGACAUAAUUUGUACUUUAGAAACUCUCUCUGCAAGGCUUUAUUACAAACCCUCUAGGAUGUCCUCUUGAGUUGAUUGUAUGUGGGAGGCAGUGAAGUUCCCCUCUGUAACUAUGCAGUACUUGGUCUUAUGCGUUGCUUCAUAUGUAUGGACCAAACGGCUUAGACUUCUGCUGAGUCUGUAGAUUAAUGAAACCGUCAAGUAGCUUACAGCUCUUUGGUGUAGGAUGGAGAUGCUUCUAUCUGCUCGUCUGAGGUCUGUUUUCUUUACAGGGAGCUGGAGCAAGUUCACCUUUUAAGAGAGAUUGAUGUAAAUAACUGAUCAAAAAAGUAAAAACAAAAGAUUUGAUUAUCAAAUUAAACCAGUUAGACUAGAUUUCUCAUUUCACCUUUUGAAAUUGUUGAUGAAUAUUUAUAAUAAUGUGCUGUGAGUGUGCGCUAAGUGCACUUGAAGAACAAUUAUUUUAUGGGUGUAAAUAUACUGUCUGUCCUAUCUGACCCACUGUUACUGUAACCUAAACGAUUGUUGUAAGAUAAACACUGUAUACUUUGCAAAUAUGUGCAAAAUAUAUAUUUGUUAACUUUGAAAUUGUAAAUAAAGCUU